CUUUGAGCUCUCUGUCUUAGUGACAGUUGGUGAAAAAGCAUUGCUGAUUACAGACCUAAAGGAAUUAUUGGCAAGCACCAGCAUGAAGACUCUUAGUAUUUCAAAAUCUUUUCAUUCCCAGUCAAGAUGCCUUCAAUCUGCUUAAAGAAUAAAAAACUUCUCUGCAACAAAACUGUUAAGUCUACAAACGGUUCGUCUUGUGACUUAAUCAACCUCAGGUCAGAAGCAGACUCAUUUUUCAACUACUUCAUACCUCGCCUUGGAGUGCAAAUGUAAGCUUUGGACGUUUCAUUCCAUCUGCCUUUGAGGUUCAGUUGACAAUAAUAAGUGAAGCUUCUGGGUUCUUGGACUACACAUGCUCUCUUUUCAAGAACAAUUGUUAUGACAACCAGUAGCCCCUCAUGCCGGACACCCAUUGGUAGCAACCGCAUGCGUCGUUAUCCAAUGGCUCCUUUCCCUUUUGUCUUCCCUCCUUUAUUUGGUGGGUUCUCAUCGCCCGCAGCAAACGGACUUCAGAACCAUCGGCCUACAAGUGGAUGUAGUACCCCUUCUCCUGCAACAAUUGAAACACAGAGUACCAGUUCUGAAGAGAUUGUACCAAGUCCACCAUCGCCAAUUCCACCCCCACGAGUGUACAAACCUUGCUUUGUCUGUCAGGACAAGUCAUCAGGCUAUCAUUAUGGAGUCAGUGCCUGUGAAGGAUGCAAGGGAUUCUACUGUAGAUUCAUUGAACUUCACAGGACAUAUACAUGCCAUGCAGUCAAACAUUGCUCCAUUUUAAUUCUAAAUAAAAUUAGUUGAAGAUACUGUCAGUACUGCAAACUGCAAAAAUGUCACCGUUACCAUGUCGGGUUUUCGAGGAGAUCUGUAAGAAAUGACCGAAACAAAAAGAAAAAGGAGACGCCAAAGCAAGAAUGCUCAGAAAGUUACACAAUGACAGCAGAAUUAGAGAAUCUAAUUGAAAGGAUUCGCAAAGCGCACCAGGAAACCUUCCCUUCUCUGUGCCAGCUGGGGAAAUAUACUACAAAUUCCAGUGCUGACCAUAGGGUACGGCUUGACCUGGGUUUGUGGGACAAAUUCAGUGAACUUGCUACAAAGUGCAUUAUCAAAAUAGUGGAAUUCGCUAAACGGUUGCCUGGCUUCACAAGUUUGACCAUUGCAGAUCAGAUCACACUUCUCAAAGCUGCCUGCUUGGACAUCUUGAUUCUCCGGAUCUGCACCCGAUACACCCCAGAGCAAGACACGAUGACCUUCUCCGAUGGCCUUACGUUGAACAGGACUCAGAUGCACAAUGCAGGUUUUGGGCCCCUGACAGACCUUGUCUUUACAUUUGCCAAGCAACUCCUGCCACUGGAAAUGGACGACACUGAAACUGGCCUCCUGAGUGCCAUCUGCUUGAUCUGUGGGGAUCGGCAAGAUCUGGAAGAUGCCGGAAAAGUGGACAAAUUGCAAGAACCACUUCUAGAAGCUUUAAAGAUUUACAUACGCAAAAGAAGACCCAAUAAGCCCCAUAUGUUCCCAAAGAUAUUAAUGAAAAUCACAGAUCUCCGGAGCAUAAGUGCAAAAGGUGCAGAACGUGUCAUCACACUUAAAUUGGAGAUCCCCGGAUCAAUGCCGCCCCUCAUUCAAGAAAUGCUGGAAAACUCGGAAGGGCAUGAUCCCCUGGCACCUACAGCAGACACUAGCACAGAAAGUCAUGGGCGAAGCAGUGGAGCACUAGAAGCCAGUCCCAAUCCCACUCUGUCUCCCAGCACUGCAGGCAAUGGACCAAACAGCAAUGUACCAAACACACAGUGAAAUGGCCCUGCAGUGAUCGCCUCCAUUCCCGAACAUGGUGUUUUCAUUUUUUUCCUUUUUUACUUUGGACAAGCAAGACCCGAAGGACCAGGACGAUGACAAUAUAGUCACCAUUAAAACAUUGACCGCAAUGGACUUUGGAGUAUGGGAAUACUGAGAAAUAACCAGUGUUCGUCAAGUUCCGCCCUCAGAGAUUAUAUGCAGUCAGUUCAAAGGCAGAUACCUGGUAAAGUCCGUCUGUAUAUCCGCUGUUGCAUGCCGGGAAGAAGCUGUGGAAAUGGUGACAAACUCUGAUUAUUACAUUAUUUUGCAGAGUUAUUCCUCGAUGUAUACUCACUUUCUAUGCUGGAGUUUCUGGUGCUUUCUCAUUGCCUUGCAUAUCAUGUUUAAAUACAUACACCAAAUUAUGGAACAAAGCCUAAACACGUAUGUCAGGUGAUUUAUGGUUGUAGGAUUCUCUGAUUUAUUCUUAAUGUUACUGUUGUAUUUUCCUGCAUUUCUUAUUCAGAAUAGCCUGAAGGCUGGAAUUUUACCCUCAGUGCACCAGCAUUCAAUUUUGUCAAAUAAACAAGGACAUAUUUCCACCUUCUUUUGCAAUGGAAAAGAGAGUUCGAUAUUUUAAUUUUUUAAAUGCUAUCAUUAUGUGUCGCUGGUAUUUGUUACCCACUGACACACAGUUAGCCUACACUACCAUGUUCUUUAUAUGAGUGUUUACACUUCACAAGCACUUAAAUAACAAUUUUUUAAAGAAAAGAGAAAGCAAUUCUCUGCAGACACUAAGUCAGAACAUGAUAUUUUUGCAGUAGGGUUCAUCCAUUGCUCAUUGACUUUGUACUAGCAUCCAAAGCUAGUAAAAUAUGUUUUUUUAUUAUUACAGCUGUGCAAAUUCAUUUCACGUUCAGCAUCAGAUCAAGGCGUAAAGUAAAAUGCUGCAUGUUGUUGGCAGUAAAGAUAGCCUCCAAGGCACAACACUUUUCAGUGUUAUUUUGUUGUUUUAUUUGCUUGUACAUGAGCCAGUAAGUAAAUUUCACCUGGUGGCUGACGCACAUUAUAUCUCUCUGCAGAAGCGUGUAACUAUUGUAGAUUUGUUCUUGAGUACAGUAAUUUGAGUUUAUUGAAUCAUUCUUGUGUCUAAAGCACUAGUGGGAUGUUGUUUUUUAGUAUUAGGACUGCUCUUACUUUUACUGGCUCUGUUUGUACAUUGAAAUUGUUUAACAAUGCUUUCUAUGUUCAUAUACUGGUUAUCUUUUCCAUUAAGUUUCCUGGCAAAAGAAUAAAGUAUAUU